UUUUUUUCUUCCUCCAACCCUUCCCUUCCAAAAACAAAUUAUUUCUGUUUUGUCCUUGGUUGAAAAUCAACCGUCUGUCUUUUUGAAUUUGACAUCAGUGAGCAGAAGAUGACGUCAGUCAACAAGAAACGAAAUGCGAGAAAGAAUCAGGAACCAACUUCAAAUAUGACUAUCGAAACCGAAGAUGGUACCCAAGCUGAUCGCCCUAAAAAGCGCCCAGCAAAGAAGCGGAGUAAAGUGGUUAGGCGUGCUGCUCAAUAUGGAGAUGUCAAUGAGCCAAUCCUCCGAGACUUCGUAAAGGCGACUAUUCAAACGGGCGUUAAGCAGUUGAGCACGGAGUUUCUGAAUCUCAAAAUGGAAACUCAACCGUGUAACAAGCCGAAGACUGGGCAUGAAGGACAUCCGGAGAAGAAUCGGUACAAAGAUGUCUAUUGCAUCGAUGAUACCCGUGUGGUUUUGAAGUGGCCUGAGGACAGCCCAAGUGACUACAUCCAUGCAAAUUGGGUGAAAAUCAAUGGUGCCAACAAGUUUAUCUGCACACAAGGACCCACUGAAAAGACAGUCGAUGACUUCUACCGUCUCAUUUGGCAGGAAAAGGCGCCAUGUGUUGUGAUGCUUUGCAACAUUAUGGAGUGUGGAAAGAAGAAAUGUGAGCAGUAUUGGCCGGAAACUGCAGAUGGGCAGAUGAUCUUGAUGGAUGGAAAGUUGACGGUGAAGAUUGCGGAGCCGGCAAAGGAAGUGGAACAGAACAUUCUUCUCAUGAAGAUAACUGUCAUUGAUGAUAAGGGGACAUCCCACAACUUCGAGCAUUGGCAAUGGAAAGCCUGGCCGGAUCGUGGAGUGCCUGAACUUCCGAUGGCGGUUUUCAGACUUCUCAUUAGACUUAAAACUGCAAGUCCCAUCGUAGUUCAUUGCUCUGCUGGAAUAGGUCGUACCGGAUCAAUUGUUGGACUUGAGAUUGCAUUGGUCAAGUUCUGUGCAGGAGAGAAGGUUGUUCUGAAGGAUAUUGUCAAGGAGAUUCGUAACCAACGUCAUGGUUCCGUGCAGACAGAUGCUCAGUACCUCUUCAUGCAUCGUGUAUUGCUGGCUUUGGCGGAGAAUAGAAAGAUUACAAGCCCGGAAUUGAGCGCCUUUGUAGCCGAGUACGACAAGGUCAUCGCGACGAAAAAUGGAUAAGAAUCCCCAGCACACUAUCAAGAACUAGACAAUUUCAUCAAUCGUAACACACUUUCUCUAUAGUAUUGUAAAUUAUUCCCUCGUGUUUUUCUAUGGUAAUAAAUUAGUUUGGUAUUCUC